GCGGCGGAGAGGAAACCAGCCGGAGGAGCCGGAGGAUGGCAAACCGCUGCUGAGAGUUGGGACGCGCUUACCUCCGUCGUUACUGACAACAACUGCUACUGAUACUAGACCCCACCAGCCUAGCACUAAUCUGAACCCCUUUUAAGAGUCUGCCAAGCGGGAGGAGGGGAGUGGAACUAACAGUUUGGACCCGGUCGCUGUGAGGAAAUCUGUGGCAUAUUCGCUUGAAAUUCCCUCCUUUCUUUCCUUCUUGCCUCGGAAUACCACAGGCAGACUCUCAUGGGCAGCCUAAGUGUUUGGGCUAUGGCUUUGGCCGCUCUUCUGGGGACCUCGGGGUGCUGGAUGGCUGAAGGGCACAAGAGCAACAGGCGAGGCAGCGUGGAUGGAGCCAGCAUGUCACACACCUCCUCACAGGAACCACACACCAUGGAGAAGGGGAAAGCAGAUGGGAACAUCGAUCAACCCCCUUCUGAUCCAGAUGAGAGUCCCUGUCGGAGGACCUACUGUGGCCGUGGUCGUCAGUGCGUGCUGAUGGCUGAAACGGGCCGUGCUGAGUGUGUUUGUCAGGAAAAGUGCCGGCCGUCCUUUGUGCCGGUGUGCGGCUCCGACGGCAGGUUUUACGAAAACCACUGUGAGGUUUAUCGCACAGCCUGUCUGGAGAGGAGACGGAUCUAUGUGGUGCACAGCAAGGACUGCUUCUUCAAAGGAAAUGCAUGCACCAUGUCAGAGUACAACCGGCUGAAAACCAUGUUGCUGGAUAUGCAGCCUAAGGUCCUGAAGACUGGUGAGCACAACCAGCAGAGAGACAUGGAGCAGAAGAGGGCUCUGGUGGAUGCCAUGUUCAAAUACUUGGACGUGAACCAGGAUGGACGGCUGGUCAGCGACGAGCUGGAAAAGAUCUCCAUGAAGGAGCACCUGGAGGACAGCCUGAUGGAGUGCACCACGCAGGAUCUGCUGCGAUAUGACGACUACAACAAUGAUGGCCACCUCAGUCUGCAUGAGUUCUACACCGCUUUCCAGGUCGUCCAGCUCAGCCUGGCGGAGGACCAGCAGAUCACUGUCUCUACGGUAACAGUGGGCCUCAGCGCUGUCCUUACCUGUGCGAUCCAGGGGACACUGCGUCCGCCAAUCAUCUGGAAGAGGAAUGGGAUCAUACUUAACUUCCUGGACCUGGAGGAUAUCAACGACUUUGGCGAUGACGGCUCUCUGUAUAUCACCAAGGUGACCACCAUCCACAUGGGGAACUACAGUUGCCACGCCUACGGCUAUGAAGAUCUCUAUCAGACACAUGUGCUGCAGGUGAAUGUCCCUCCAGUGAUCCUGGUCUAUCCAGAGACCCAGGCCCAGGAGCCCGGUGUAUCUGCCAGCCUUCACUGCCACGCCGACGGCAUCCCAAAUCCCAAACUCCUCUGGCUGAAAAACGGCAUGGACCUGCAGCCGCGAUCCUCCAAACAGCUCUCUCUCAUAGCGAACGGAAGUGAGCUCUUUAUCGGCAGUGUGCGGUACGAGGACACCGGAGCCUACACCUGCAUCGCCAAGAACGAGGUUGGGGUGGACGAGGACAUCUCUUCUCUGUUUGUCGAAGAUUCAGCAAAAAAGACCCUUGCAAACAUUCUCUGGAGAGAAGAAGGUUUAAGCGUGGGAAACAUGUUCUAUGUGUUUUCCGAUGAGGGCAUCACAGUUCUUCAGCCCAGUGAAUGCGAGAUACGAAGGCACAUGAAGCGCACAGAGAGGAUUGUCGCCACUUAUGAGGAGAUGUGCCCUAAAGGUGAAGGGGUGUCAGCUCAGCACUGCGUGUGGUCCUCCGCCGUCAACAUCAGGGAUAAGUACAUCUACGUUACGCAGCCCCUCCAGAGCCGACUGCUGGUGGUCGAUAUCCAGGCGCAGAAAGUGGUGCAGGCAGUAGCAACAGACCCUUUCCCAGUGAAGCUGCUGUAUGAUAAGUCACAUGACCAGGUGUGGGUUCUCACAUGGGGGAACCUGGACAGAACACACCCCACUCUUCAGGUAAUUCCUCAAGCCAGUGUUGGAGAAGUGCAUCAUGCUGUUCGCACCACAUUCCAGAGAGUCAAUGACUUUUUCAUCCCUCCAACAAACCUCAUCAUCACUCAUGUGAGGUUUGCCUUUGUCUUCCUCAAAAAUGAACCUGCGGUACAUAAGAUUGACCUGGAGACCUUCCACCGUGUCAAGACCAUCAGUCUGAAGAACUACAGCUGCAUACCAGAAAGCAUGGCCUACACGCACCUGAGCGGCUUCUACUUCAUCCAAUGCCAGAGUACGAGCAAGCCACAAAGCCCGGGCCAGCUCCUCAUCGACAGCGUGACCGAUGCUGUGAUCGGCCCAAAUCUCAACAUCACAGGCCAGGCCUUUGUGUCGCCAGAUGGCCGCUACAUUGUGACCCCUGACCCGCAGAGCUCAAAGCUCAUAGUGCAGACGGUGUCGUUUCAGGGGGAGUUGGGUCUGAACCAGGAAAUGGAUGACCCUGUGGCUGUCUCUGAUCUGGUUUUCCAGCCCUCCUUUACAGAGUCCAACCAGCACAUGGUGGUGGCCACCUCAGGCUCAGGUACGGACCUGCUAUUUGCCGAUCUGUCCUCGGGCCACAGUGAGGUUCUCCGGAGCCUCAAAGAGCCCCUGGGCCCGGAAGCCUGGCCCUGGGGAGGCCCCAACAGAGUGGUUGUCUCCAGUGGUUUGUUCGGACAGUUUCUGGUGACGCCAGCGGCUGAAUCGCUCUUUGUCCUCAACGGUAAACAGAGAACACCACACUGCGAGGUAUCAGACAUCAAGAGAGGGAACACAGUUGUCUGGGUUGGUGAGGUAUGAGUACAAAAGAAAAACAAAAGCAGGAGAAGUAGGAUUAGGGUAAAUGAAAAAAGAGGCAAAAGAAAGAUCAGGCCAAAUUACCUAUUAUUAAGAUUUAUGUGAACAUAAGUUGUGGACUCAACCGUGGGACUGAGCGAGAGGAAUACACGCCUGGGUUUAUUGUAACAAAAGUACACUUAAAAAUAGAGAUAUUGAGAAAACAUUAAGAAACCCUGUUGUGAUAUUCCUAUUGGGAGAAAGUGUCAAUGCCGUUCAGUGCAACAGUGAUCUAUGUGCACUUAACUAUACAGAAUUGUACAUUAUUGCACUUCCUUCCAUGUUAUCACAGCAACUAGGCACCUGAAGAGGGGUUAUUAACAAACUAUGAACUAUGCACAAUGCUCACUUUUUUUUAGAGUAAAAAGCUUUCUGAUUUUGUUUAUCUCAACGAUGUUUGUCGUUUUCACCAGUGCUGCAUAUAAUCACCACUGUUUGUCCUGUCUGCCUUUAGUGUAUGUGUGGUCUGAGUCCUUUUAAAGCUACAAACCCAUCUGUUUACUUGCCUUUGUCAUGGUAUUGUACUGUAUCCUCCCUCUGAGAGCUUUCGUUCCCCUCAUGCCGGCAGAGGUUGUCUUUAUGCACAUGUGUAAUACCCUCUAUUUACAUUGUCUAUCCAAAGAGCCUGACUGGUCCAUUAGCUGUUGACAAUGGAUGUUUCGAUUGCGGAGGAAGCCUAACCAGAAAUGAACAUACAACACAUCUUGUGGUCUCUUAAAAUGGUAUAAUCUGUUCCCCCCAUUGUGUCUCUCACAUUUAUUCUGUACCUGCAGCCCAAAUGUGUGCUGUGGAGCCUGAAAACGCCCCUUAGCAGAUUCCCUCAGGGUAAUGAUUCCGGUUUACGCUGACCCAGAUGCUGAGGCCAUGCCAAAGUGGCAUCAACUCUGCUAUCUGACUGGCUGUGAGCAUUUGUACAUUCUCCCAGAGAGCCAUGCAUCAAGAUCCAACUCCAGGGCGCACACCAUUUACAAAUGAUCUUGCAUUAAAGGCAUGAUAUGUAAGAUUUUCUGAUAAAACUGAUAUGUAGAAUUGUACCAUAAUAACCCCUCUCAGUCAUAACUUGUGAGCUACUAAAAUGUAAUGUGUAGGAAUAUAUCUUGUUUUGCUGUGAUUGGGAUGUUCAUUGGUGUCAGCAUUUAUGCAGUAUGUAUAUGCCCCAGCCUGUAACAGCAUCACACAGGAAAAGUAUUGAAUCUGCAUGAUCGUCUCCUCUGCUGCAGGUGUUUGUCAGAGCAUAUAGCUACACAGACACAACCCAAGGCAGUUCCAGGACUGGUUUAGAACCAGAGCCUCAUCUUCACCUGGCUCCCAACUAUGUUUAGGAUUCUUGAAAUUUUGUUGGAAUCCAGCCAAACAGCCCAUCUUUUGUUGUUUUUACCCAGUAAUGUAAAAUAUAUUACUACUUUUUUUUUUUUUUUUAAACUUAUUCAUUUUUCUAAGAAAACAAGUCAGGUUACUCUCCCUACAUAUCAUCCUACACUCUAGAUUUUUCUUAAAGUUGAAAUUAAAUGCUGAAGUUGUUACUAAGAACUGGUUUAAGAACUGGUCCACUCUCCAGACUUUAGAAUAUGACACACAUACAGUAGUUCAUGCUUCACAUCAAUGGAAAGCCUCAUUAGUUCUAGCUGGGAACUAACUUUAUAGGUUUGGAAAUUGAAUUUUUUUGGGUUUUUUUAUUGGGGGUUUUUUUUGGUUGGUUGGUUGAGGAUAGGUUUAUUCUGACCAACAAGACCAAAUAUAAUUUUGUGACAACCAACUGUCAUUUUGCAAUGUUAACAAAACAACCUUGCAUUGAUGACUAACACCGACAUUGUAUUAAUUGUUCAUAACAUUAAUGCAAGACAUUAAAAGUCAUGUGUUCUAGUUAAUGUGAGCUGACCAAAAGCUGCUAGCUUACUAUUUCCUGAUAAAGUUUCAAUGCUACUUUUGGCUAGCUAGUAGAACUGUAUCCUGAUGUCAUAACAUGGCUCUGUUGUGGCCAUGUAAUACAUGGAAAAGCAGCCCGGCUCUUUGAAGGUUUGCAAGUUGAACCAACUCCAACAUACCAAUUAGAACUGGCACAUAAGUGGCAAAAGAGUAAAAGAGCCACAGAGACUUCUCUAGGUAGUGUGUGUUUUGGCUGCAUUCACUCAGACCCUUCCUGUAGUAAAGGUAUGGCACCAACUAAUAAAAAUUAAUCGGAAAAUCUUACAGAUUAUGCCUUUAAUAAUAGGACAUGCAAAAUGGUUUUCAAAAUUUGUCCAGAAAUUAUUUUUGGAUGUCUCAUUUGUACAGAAUCCACAGUAUAUGUAUAAAUGUAUCAACCAAUAAAAAAAACACUCACCUAGCAGCCUAUUUCAAAAGUAGAGAUACUUAUACAGUACUAAUACUGUAUUUGAACAUUAUUCCUGUUAUUAGGAAUACCUGUUGAUUGUCAAAUUACUAAAUAAAGACUGUACAGGUUUGUUUAUAACUGUUAUUAAAAGUUGUAUAACUACUUUUGAAAAACCUGGUAACUUUGGUAAGGCAAACACCAGCAACUCAUCAAUCAAAAGCCACAUAUUCUCUAUCUGUGGUUAGAGUCUGUGUAAUUUACUUUUGCCAUUUGCACUAAUCAUCUUAAUGAUGAUCCAUUAGCAGCGAGAUAGCUCGACAGCGUCUUUGCAGAUAUCAUAGUGUUAGAAGAAUGACUGGAACUGUAGUGUGUCUGAAGUAUUCCAUGCCUCUCGAUAGCGGUGCUGAGGUCCUUGUAUGAAUACUGAGUUCGGACAAUACACUCCAUACACUGGCCCUUCGAUGUUGUGCUUUAAUGGGUGGCUCUCUUGGGCUAAUGGCUUUUUCUUUACUCUUCUUCGCUUCAUGUUGAAUUGCCCUGCUCUGUGCCUCCAAUCCUCAAACUAUGACUAAAAAUAAAUGUCCUCUAAUUUUCAGCCAUUGCCAUCAUCUACCCUCUGCCACAGACAUUAUUGCCUUCACAUUAGACUUCAUGAAAGUAAAUGGGACGACCAUUUUCAGUCAGUUAAUAUGAGUAGCUGGCUUGUUUGUAUUGUCCCUCAACAUGUAUUUAGGUAAUUCUUAAACUUGCGAAAAGCUUUCUAAAACUACUUAGAAUUAUACUAUCUAGAUGAGUAAAGAUAAACUGCACAUUCAUUAACCUAGAAAAUUGAUUUUGCAACUAGAGAAGUACAUGUUUGAUAAGUUCUGUAGCAAGUGCACAGCAGCUACAAGUAAAAAAGUAGUCUAUCACUGCAAGAUACAUAAAAUAAAUUGUUUGAAGCUUUUGGACAAUAACAGAGAUCUGUAGAAAAGUGAAAUAAGCUCUGAUUUUGGCAACACAGUGGACAAAGUUUAGAU